UCUCAACUUUUUCAGUGAUUGUGCCUGUCUUCAGAAAGUAAUUGGAGAAAUGCAAUCUGUGCUGUCACAAAGAAAUAAUCCCCAGUAUGGAACAUGAUGUCUGAUACUAAUGAAGGGCUCCAACCACUCAGAGAACAAGAGCGAGCCAGGAGGAGGCAAUACUCACCAAUAAGUACUAGGCAAAAUACAUGAGGAAGAGUUGAAAGAAGUCUCACCUGAUCACAAAUAACAUCUCCAGGAGGGAAAUAAUCAUAAAAAAUUAGUUCUGAUGGUUAUCAUCUCCAAAAGCCCCUAUAUAUCUGCUUUUGUGCCAUGAAGAUUUUACUUGAAUUUCAACUGUUGCGGUCCCCAUGGAGCAUCCAGACUCUCCGCAGACCGUUCCACCAGUACCACAAGACUUUUGCACCUUUGAAUUUCUCAGAUUAUGAAGCUAUUGGUCGUUGUGAACAGGAAGUACCCGAGUACUUUAAUUUUGCAAGUGAUGUGCUGGACAAGUGGUCUCAAAUAGAAAAGGAACGAAAGGGACCGUCAAAUCCAGCUCUUUGGUGGAUAAAUGGGAAAGGAGAUGAAGUGAAAUGGAGCUUUGAAGAGCUGGGCUUCCUGUCCCAAAAAGUGGCCAACGUGCUCUCCGGCCCAUGUGGUCUGCAAAGAGGAGACGGAGUUUUAGUGAUUCUGCCCCGAAUCCCAGAGUGGUGGCUGCUGAACGUGGCUUGUAUGCGAACGGGUGUUACCAUCAUCCCAGGGACAACACAACUGACAGCACAGGACAUUUGCUAUAGAUUGCUGGCUUCCAAGGCUCAGUGCAUUAUUACAACCGAUGUGCUUGCUCCUGCGGUGGACUCGGUUGCAUCCAAGUGCCGGUUUCUGAAAACGAAGCUGAUUGUGUCUGAAAGCAGCAGGGCCGAGUGGCUGAACUUCAGUGCUUUGCUCCAGGCUGCCCCUGCUGUCCAUAACUGCGUGAAGACAAAAAGCCAGGAUCCAAUGGCAAUCUAUUUUACCAGUGGUGCCACAGGCUCCCCCAAAAUGGUUGAACAUUCCUAUGGAAGCUUUGGUCUGGGUUUUUUCCUCUGUGGAAGAUACUGGAUGAAUUUGACGCCCUCGGACAUCAUGUGGAACAUGUCAGACACUGCUUGGGUCAAGGCAGCUAUUGGGAGCGUUUUUGGUCCGUGGUUCCAGGGCGCGUGUGUGUUCGUACAUGCCAUGCCACAGUUUGAUCCAAGAGCAAUCUUAAAUACCUUGUGCAGAUAUCCAGUGACCACUCUGUGCAGCGCCCCAACUGCCUACCGCAUGUUGGUACAGCAUGACCUCACCAGGUAUGCAUUCAAGAGGCUGAAGCACUGUUUGACCGGAGGGGAACCACUCAACCCAGAAGUGAUGGCACAGUGGAAAAGCCAAACAGGACUGACUAUCUAUGAAGCCUACGGCCAAACCGAAAUUGGAAUGAUAUGUGCAAAUAUGAAAGGAAUGAAAAUUAAGCCAGGUUCCUUGGGAAAGGCAGCUCCCCCCUACGAUGUUCAGAUUAUAGAUGAAAACGGCAGUGUCCUGCCUCCUGGGAAAGAAGGAGACAUUGCUAUCAAAAUCGAUGCCAAGCGGCCAUUUACUUUUUUCACUCAAUACCUGGAUGAUCCAGUGAAAACUGCUUCCACAAUCCGUGGGAAUUUCUAUGUCACUGGAGACAGAGGGAGCAUGGAUGAGGAUGGCUACAUAUGGUUCAUGGGGAGAUCUGAUGAUGUCAUCAUCUCCUCUGGGUAUCGUAUCGGACCGUUUGAAAUAGAGAGUGCCCUGAUACAGCACCCAGCUGUGGUAGAGUCAGCCGUUGUCAGCAGCCCCGACCCCAUCAGAGGAGAGGUGGUAAAAGCUUUUGUGGUCUUGUCUCCUUCCUUUAAGUCACAAGAUCCAAAUAAACUGGCCUGUGAAUUGCAAGCUCAUGUCAAGAAAGUCACUGCUCCAUACAAGUACCCCAGAAAGAUUGAAUUUGUCCAGCAGCUGCCAAAGACAAUUGCUGGGAAAAUCAGACGGAAUGAACUGAGGAACAAGGAGUGGGGACAGAUUUAGUUUUGAUAAGCAAUCCAAAAAAGGCUAUCCCUAUCGAUUUCAUUUAUAAUGGAGCUUUUCUAUUCCAACUGUAAGCACCAGCAUAGGAUUACAUUCCACCAGUUACACAAUCACUGCCUAAUAAUGCACGAGGUUUAAAAACUCCAACUGUACGGUUUUUAAAUGCUUGUGUUCUUGCUGAACAAAAAAAAUCACACCUAUUUAGCAAGGCAUGCAAACGUAUCUUCCAGCCACCUAAUGCUUUUUAGAAUUACGGUACAAGCAGUGUGUUCAUUCUUUGAGACCAGAUAUUUAAACCUUGCAAGAGGCUUAUUAAUGAGGAAAUCGUGAUAGUAUGUAAUGAAGUUCCCAGAAAUGGCCAUAGAUCUCGCAUGUAUCCAAAUUAAGCACCCUGCUUGUGUGAAUCUUGAAAGCCUCAAGAUUUAGGAAUUAAUGUGUUAACAAUGAAUGCUCAGUAAGUGCAAAUUAGGUAAAAUCAGAAGAAUGUGGACAGCAUAGGCAGCAUCUCAAUGUCAGACAGAGGCUUGACCAAUGAAUGGUAGCUAUUCAGCAGCUUCUUCUGAAGACCUGUAGGUCCUGUAGACACACAGAUGAGUGAGAAAGAAGGAAAAAAACCCCAAAACCAAACCCCAAACUGUCGAUGAAUCUAUCUUUGUCCUUAGUAAUAGAAACAGGCUGUCUUGGAUCGUGAUCACCAACAUCAGCCACCAAUAAAUGUUCAGUUGGCCUU